UCGCUGACGGGUAAGUAAAACCCAGCACGAAUCUUGGCGGCUCGCAUCCUCUAUUGCGGCGCUGAAUCAUGGACACGCCAGCCUGCCAAAGCCAAAGCCAGAGCCCCCCAAUGCGAUGCCACGAAAAAGCGAUCAUGCUCAGACACAGCCGCGCGACAAGCUGCUAAAGAAACCCACAUAAAAACCUACUCGCAGCGCCCGCAACGCCGCGCGGCGACCACGGUGCCGUCUGCCGUGCGGGGGUGUCUGCGUCUCCCUCUCUCCCUCUCCCUCUCCCUCUCUCUCUCUCUCUCGGCCGAAGCGACGCGACGCGAGGGAGAAACGCACGCGGGCCGGGGGAAUGGCGGCCGCCGCCUCCUCGUCCUCGUCCUCCACCUCCUCCUCGGCCGGCUCCUCCGCGUCCACCUCGACGCCCCGGCCCGCUGCGAGGCAGGCCGCGCCGUCGUCGUCCCCGGUGUUCCUCAACGUGUACGACGUGACCCCCGCCAACGGGUACGCGCGGUGGCUGGGGCUCGGCGUGUACCACUCGGGCGUGCAGGUCCACGGGGUGGAGUACGCGUACGGCGCGCACGAGGGCGCCGGGAGCGGCAUCUUCGAGGUGUCCCCGCGGCGGUGCCCCGGCUACGCGUUCCGGGAGGCGGUGCUGGUGGGCACCACGGAGCUGACCCGCGCCGACGUGCGCGCCCUCAUGGCCGACCUCGCCGCCGACUUCCCCGGCGACGCAUACAACCUCGUCUCCCGCAACUGCAACCACUUCUGCGACGCCGCCUGCCGCCGCCUCGUCGCCCGCGCCCGCAUCCCGCGCUGGGUCAACCGCCUCGCCAAGAUCGGGGUCGUCUUCACCUGCGUCAUCCCCAGCACCAACCAGGUGCGCCGCAAGGGGGACCAGCUGCCCCCCGUCAAGAGCCGCUCCGCCCGCCAGCCCGCCGCGCCGCCGCGGCCCAGGACCUUCUUCCGCUCCCUCUCCGUCGGCGGCGGCGGCAAGAACGUGACGCCCCGCCCGCUGCAGACCCCGCCCCCGACGCCGCCGACGCCGCAGACGUUGACGACGCCGACACCGACGCCGUUGGCCUCCAUGUAACGGCGCCAUUACUCCUUUUCGUUUACAGCUCACACCUUCCUUUUUUUUCCUCCUUCGACAGUUACCUGAAUUCUGUGCAUAGUAGUACCCGAGAUUAAGAUUUGUGCUCUGCGAGUGCUGCACUGUCACCAUGAUAGUACCAGUAGUAACUGCAGUUCAUUAGGCUAUUAAUUUCCGAA